AUGGUCGGGCGACGUUUUUCCCGGAACGUGGGAGGCAGCCGGGGGGCCGCCCCGGAGAAAAACAAAAAGCGCGGCAGUUCCUCCACGCUCCGCGAUGGUGGUUUUUUCGCCCGCCUCGUCGUGUCGCAGGUUUUUUCCGGACGGUUUCGGGGAACUUUGCGGUCGUGUUUUCGUGAGGCUGGGCGAAAAAAAAAAAAAAAAAGUCUGCGGUGCACGGUGGCCUUGGGCGGUUUGUCGGGAAGGACAGUGGGCGGCAAUUCUGAGUUUUUUUUUUUUGUGUUACCGUCUGGGUGUGAAUAG